AUGGCAUCGCGUGUCAUGGUCCUCCCCCAAAACAAGAAAUUCUCCCUGAGUAACGUAGAUAGACAAGAUUGGGUAUCAUCUCUAAUUCAAGGUAUGUAUCAUUUAGAAUUCAGGCAUCCUUCCCAUGAUUUGCAUGCAUUCAACAUAAGAGAUUUCGAUGGCAAGAUAGUAUGUGGUUCCUCCCACCAGCAUAUUAGGUCGUUUUGUGUCCAUGUCGGGUAUCAAAAACAAAUGAUGGUCGUUUCGUAA